AUGGCGAGGGGCGGCAAACGGCGGAAUCAAGUCCUGCGGGGCAAUACUCACAUCGAUCAACAUCACAUUGUGCCACCGCCUGCGAAGAAGGCCAAAUGCACCCGCGUCCCGACCAAGCACGUGCCCGUUGAUUAUGCAUUUACGUCGGCGCUGGGCAACGACGGCGACGCGGCAUCCGCGGCAGUCCUGCAGCACGACGGGUGCAUAUACGAUGCCCAUCUUCAUCAAGCCUUUUUGGCGUCGCGACGGCAUGCAACGUGCCUGCUGCAGCUCGUGGCCACGGACUACGGGUACUACGUGUGGCAGCGGCGCACGCGCUGGCACGGCGACGAGGCUUCUUCGAAGGACGUGACAAUGACGGAGCUGUCGCCGCGCACUGCUUUGAUGCAGGAGGCCAUCGACUUGUUCACACAAGCGUUUGAGCAAAGGGCGGGAGUGCGGUGGGUCGACCGGUUCGACAACGCGCUGCGGAUGCAGCCCAUGCCGUCGGAGAGUUGCGGACGAUUCUGCUUUGUCGCAAUGGAGUAUCCGUCUGCAAGCACUGCUUCGUUGCAUGUGCGGUGCCCGCCGGCCAUGCACACGGACGUGCGCAAGCUCAUGUCGCUGCUCUACAAAGACGUCGAGUGUCCUGUCUUGAGCUCGCGGGACGACGACGACGACGAUGACGGCGUGUUUGCGAUGCCGCUGCCACUGCCGUACGCCACCGUCGCCAUUGACUUUGCGAAUGCGAUUCUCGAUCAAGUGGCCGCGGCACUGCAGUCCAAGUCUCGCGGGCGCCGCGGCAAACUUCAAGGGUGGAGCAAUUUGUACUUUUCAGCAAUUCCACACACGUACCCACCGCACAACAUGCUCGAUUCGACGACAACGAUUGAAAACUGCCGCGAGAUGCUCAAGGAACUGCACAUGUCGAGUCCGACCCGAUCGUUGGUGCACCAUUUGGCCCCGCCGGACUUUCUCGCGCAAAAGUAUGCGGCCCUAGGAGUCCAUCUCCAAGUCGUGCCGACCGAAUCUCUCGAGUACGACCUCGUCGCGACCUACCUCGACAACUCGAAGGCCCAUGUUCAGUACAAAAUGACGAUUCAAUCCGUCUAUCGCAUCAACAAGGCGGACGAAGCCAUGGCGUUCAAGCCGUACGAAGUGCUUGGGAAUCGAAAGCUGCUCUGGCAUGGUAGCACACUGGCCAACUGGCCUGGAAUUCUCAAAGACGGCCUUCAAAUUGCACCCCCCCAUGUCGCAAGCAACGGCCAUUGCUUUGGCAAAGGCAUUUACUUUAGCGACUCGGUGUCGCGAUCGGCGCCGUACUGCCGCGUGACCAUGGAAAAACGCACGGGGAUUCUGUUACUGAGCGAGGUCGCACUGGGCAACCCAAAUCCGUGCACCACGACCAACACGCGAGCCCAGUCGGCAGUGGACUUUGUCGAGUACCACAGUGUCCUUGGAGUGGGCUCUUUCGCUCCGUCGCCCGACGGCGAGCACGUUCUUCCAGAUGGCGCGGUGAUCCCGAUAGGGCCGCUCAAGCAUCAUCCCAUUGGCGGCAAGCGAGCAGCCCACAUCCACGUUGGCCUCGACUACAACGAAUACGUCAUUUACAACCCGGCGCAGACGCGCAUGCGGUACCUCGUCGUGACGGACUUCGGCUUUGACAUGUAA